GUCUGCAUUGGCAGACCUCAGCGGGGCGCGGCACGAGCAGCUAUCCAAGGCCCAGGCCAACGCCGUGGUCUACAUGCUCCAGCGCGCGCAGCUCAACCCAGAUGAGAAAGCAACCCUGGCUCUGAUGUCCAGCCAGGUGAACUGGUUCGACGGCCACGACGCCCAGAUCAUGUCCCUGCUCGUGGCAUCACCUGCGCCGCGCCAGAGCACCACUGGCAACAUUGGCCAGCAGUACACGAGCUUCGUGGACUUUUUCACGGAGGCCGAAUGGAAGAAGAUGCUAGAGGAGAAUCCGUCUUCGUCGGCGAUCCUGUCUCUCAUCAUUUCGCGUGUGAUCCGCCUCGGGGGGCGCAACGUGUGCGAAUACUCGAACAAGCUAAUGACUUCGCUCUGGCUUAUGCUUUGCGACCCUUCUGUGGACCCGAUGUCGUUCUUUCAGAAGAAAAAGCAGUUCCUCUACGUCAAGAGAGAAUACAGGCGCAUUGCAGACAAGACGCCGAGGCUGAUGAUGGAUCAGCGUACCGACACACUGCCUCCUCUGCCAGACGAGUUCGCCACGCUCUACCCUGCCGCGUACAACAAAGCGUUCAGCACCAGGCCUGGCGAUGGGCCCACGAGGUGCCCGCUCAACAUGAAGAGGCUGCUCGAUAUCGACAACUCCUACAGGUGCCGCGGCUCGGGACCCGAGCUGGACUUCCAGCGCGGCGCACAGUCUAGCGCGACAUCCCCGGCGCUUGCCCCCAUCGAGCCGCAGUCGGACAUCAGGCAGAUGCUGCUCCAGUCGCAGCAGCAGAUGCAGCAGAUGCAGGCCUUUGCCAUAAACGCGAUGCAGCUCGUGGCGGGCAAUCGCGGUGGCGCUGCGGCCCCAGGCAGCGGCGGCGCUGGGAACGGCCUCCUCGAGAACCUGGAAGUGUUCUCCCAGGGCGCGCGUGCUGGUGGACGCCCGAGCUCGAAUCGGUUACAGCUGUUGACGCCAGACCACCACCGCCAGCAGAGCGCUCCGUCGCCACACCAGCAGCGCGGCGACCUUGCGCCGCCGCUGGACCAGGCCGAUGGGCACCAUGAAAGUCGCAUGGCGCCUCUGCCCCAGCCAGAGUCGGCGCCCGACCAUGGCGCCAUCCAGGACUCCGUGCAGAACGCGAUGAAGAUGAUGGAGGAGAGGAGGCUCGCCGCCAAGGGCAGGAAGCGCGCUUUCAGCGUUUCUAAGAAGCCAGCUUGCGCCGCCAUCUGCGACGCCGCCGAGGACGAGGGCGAGGAUGGCGCCGCCGAGGACGAGGGCGACGAUGCAUCAGAUGAGGACGAUGUAGUGACGACGCCGCCGCCCAUGAAGUCGGUGAUGAAGGCCGCUCGCAAGGCCACUCCGCCGCCCAUGAAGUCGGCGAUGGGGGCCACUACCAAGGGCGGCAGCGGGAAGACGAAAGGGAUUGACUAUUCCGACCUGUUGUCCAUCACCAAGUCCACGAUGAAGAAGACCACCCGCGGUGCCUUCACGUCGAAAGCUUACGACAACACGAAGAAGCGGGCAUCCGUCGCUGGCAUGUCGCCAGCCAAGGUUCUGGUGAUCGCCAGGGAGGCGUACGCUGCCGCCGCGUCCAAGUGGGACGAGCUCAAAGUUUGCUAG